AACUCCUCGGGGGAAAUUAAGCGUCGAGUCAGACUGCACCGUAAUCGCCUUUAAAAGCGCCCCCACCCCGCCUGCUGCGCACACCCGGCUACCUGGGCUGCCUCGCGGCUGUGUGUAUUUGUGCGCGCGCGUGUAAGAGAGCAAACCGGUGUGCGAGGCAGUGUUUACGCCGGUGUGUAAGCCUGGGUGGGUGCAAGCCGGUGUUCGCACCGCUGUGUGGACCAGUGUGUGAGCCAGUGUGCGCGGCGGCGUGUGCGCCGGUGUGGUGCAAGACCUGAGAGUCUACACCCGCCAUGAGGGGCGCGAGCGCCUGGGCCCCGCUGUUGCUGGCCGCAGCCGCCCAGCUCACGCUGCAGGAGCCCACGGAGAGACCUGUUUUCACAUGUGGCGGCAAUUUUAUUGGAGAGUCUGGAUUUAUUGGCAGCGAAGGUUUUCCUGGACUGUACCCUCCGAAUAGCAAAUGUACUUGGAAAAUCACAGUUCCUGAAGGAAAGGUAGCUGUUCUUAAUUUCCAAUCCAUAGACCUCGAGAGUGACAACCUGUGCCGCUACGACUUUGUGGACGUAUACAGUGGCCACGCCAACGGCCAGCGCAUUGGGCGCUUCUGUGGCACAUUCCGGCCUGGAGCCCUCGUGUCCAGCAGCAACAAGAUGAUGGUGCAGAUGAUUUCUGACGCCAACACGGCUGGAAAUGGCUUCAUGGCCGCGUUCUCGGCCAGUGAACCAAAUGAAAAAGGGGAUCGAUAUUGUGGAGGACGUCUGGAAACACCUGGCUCUUUUAAAACCCCCAACUGGCCAGACCGUGACUACCCUAUAGGAGUCACCUGCGUAUGGCACAUCGUAGCCCCAGAGGAUCAGCUUAUAGAAUUAAAGUUUGAGAAGUUUGACCUUGAGCGAGAUAACUACUGUCGUUAUGAUCAUAUGACUGUGUUUAAUGGUGGAGAAAUCAACGACGCUAAUAGAAUUGGAAGAUACUGUGGCGAUAGUCCACCUGCGCCAAUUGUAUCAGAGACAAAUGAACUUCUCAUUCAGUUUUUAUCAGACUUAAGUUUAACAGCUGAUGGAUUUAUUGGUCACUACAAAUUCAGGCCAAAAAAACUGCCAGCAACUACAGCGCCACCCAUUACCACCACACCUCCUGUAUCUACAGGUUUAAAACCCACUGUGGCCCUAUGUCAACGGAAGUGUAUACGAACUGGGACUCUGGAGAGCAGUUAUUGUUCAAGUAACUUCGUAUUGGCCGGCACCGUUAUCACAACUGUCGCUCGAGGUGGGAGCCUGCAUGCCACGAUCUCAAUCAUCAACAUCUACAAAGAGGGAAAUCUGGCGAUUCAGCAGGCAGGCAAGAGCAUGAGUACUAAGGUCAUCGUGGUCUGCAAGCAUUGCCCUCUCCUCAAAAGAGGUCUAAAUUAUAUUAUCACGGGCCAAGUGGAUGAAGACGGGCGAGGCAAAAUCAUGCCAAACAGCUUUGUCACGUUGUUCAAGACCAAGAAUCAGAAGCUCCUGAAUGCCUUGGAAACUAAGCAGUGUUAACAGGGAACUCUGAAAAGUUACACUGUGUUCUGUCUUUGUCUUUGAAAGAUCUAUUUUCUCUCAGUAGGAAAAAAAAAAAAGCAACUUAUGAAACUAAAUAUUGAGCAUUCCAGUGAUCAGAC